GAGAUAAGUGCAAAAUAGUGGUGGAAAUGCAAGGUUUUAUAAGUCCGGGCAACAUUCUCCGGUCGCGGUAGUUGAGGCGCGUAAAAAUUGGGCCAGCAGUGUAAAAGACUGGCCGUUUUAACUACGAAAGAGCGGGUUCGUAGACUGAGGAAAUGUGGUCGCUUCGUCGUUUUUCGAUAGCGCUCGUCGCUCUUUUAGCUGUGAAUCUAGUGCCUGUUAAUGGAGUAAGGGUUGGUUCAGGAGCUCGAAACCCAGCGUCACCCGGAGCUAAGAAAGGUGACCAACAAGCUUCAGCUUCCUGGAACGCUUGGGAUGCAGUCGACACCAACUUCUUCACAUCUCAGCAAGAGAUCGCCCAAACACAUCCGUUCAGAACUAAUUCCAUUAGCUACACUGCUGGCAGUGGAAAUAGAGGAGGAGGGAUUAAGCACAAACAUCAAGAUUACAGAACGUCCCCAACCGCUGAACUGAGAAGAAACCCCAGCCUUUCUGCUCCAGAUGAAUGUGCUCGGGCUUGCCGCGAAGGAGAACCACCCAAGAUAUGUUAUUACCACUUCACGUUGGAAAUGUACACGGUCUUAGGAGCGGCCUGCCAAGUAUGUACACCCAACGCAACCAACCCCAUUUGGUCAAACUGCCAAUGUAUUCUUGCUGACGGCGUGGAAAGAGGAAUGCUUUCUGUCAACAGAAUGUUGCCUGGACCCAGUAUUCAAGUUUGCGAAGGUGACAAAGUAGUUAUCGACGUUGAGAACCAUCUUGAAGGUAUGGAAGUUACCAUCCAUUGGCACGGAGUGUGGCAAAGAGGAUCUCAAUACUACGAUGGUGUUCCUUUCGUUACCCAGUGCCCAAUCCAGCAAGGAAACGCAUUUAGAUACCAGUGGAUAGCAGGUAACGCUGGCACACACUUUUGGCAUGCUCACACCGGGCUACAAAAGAUGGACGGUAUUUAUGGAAGUUUGGUGAUUCGCCAACCCCCUAACAAAGACCCAAAUAGUCAUUUAUAUGAUUUCGACCUGACAACCCACGUAAUUUUGUUGUCGGAUUGGAUGCACGAAGAUGCUUCCGAACGUUUCCCUGGAAGAUUGGCUGUCAAUACUGGACAAGACCCUGAAAAUGUGCUCAUCAACGGCAAAGGACAGUUUAGAGAUCCUAAUACCGGAUUUAUGACAAAUACUCCUUUGGAAACGUUCACCAUGACGCCAGGCAAACGAUACAGAUUCCGAAUGAUCAAUUCGUUGGCUUCAGUUUGUCCUGCUCAAUUGACCUUCCAGGGACACACUUUGACUCUGAUUGCUACAGAUGGAGAACCGGUUCAUCCUGUCAAUGUUAACACCAUCAUUUCCUUCUCUGGGGAAAGAUACGAUUUUGUCAUCAAUGCGGAUCAAGCGGUAGGAGCGUACUGGAUCCAGUUCAGAGGGUUGGGAGAAUGUGGAAUCAGAAGAGUUCAACAAUUGGCCGUUUUGCGAUACUACAAAGGACCUUACACUCCUUUCACUGCCGCCCCCACUUACGAUUUCGGUAUUCCUCAGGGUGUGGUACUCAAUCCUCUUGAUGCCAGAUGCAAUGAAACAAGGCCAGAUGCUGUUUGCAUCAACCAGCUGAAGAAUGCUCGAGAAGUCGAUAGGGCGCUGCUCAUUGAAAAGCCCAAUGUGAAGAUAUUCUUGCCCUUCAGAUUCCACGUUUACACUCCUGAGGAUCUAUUCAAUCCCAACACCUACAACAGGCAUUUAGUCGCGCCCAAUGGUGAUCAUGUUAUCAGCUUAAUUGAUGAAAUUUCGCAUAUGUCGCCACCAGCCCCGUUGCUUUCUCAGUACGAUGAAAAUGAUCCCUCACAGUUUUGUAAUGGAGAUAAUCGACCACCAAAUUGUGGAGCCAACUGCAUGUGCACUCACAAAAUCGAUAUUCCACUUAAUGCUAUCGUUGAAGUGGUUCUGGUAGAUGAAGUUCAGCAGCCCAAUUUGUCCCAUCCAUUCCAUCUGCACGGUUACGCUUUUAAUGUUGUGGGUAUUGGCCGGUCUCCCGAUCAGAACGUGAAAAAGAUUAACUUGAAACACGCCCUCGACUUGGAUCGACGGGGGUUGCUGCACAGGCACUUUGACUUACCACCCGGUAAGGACACCAUCGCAGUCCCCAACAACGGCUACGUAAUUUUCAGGUUUAGAGCUGAUAAUCCUGGAUUCUGGCUUUUCCACUGCCACUUUUUGUUCCAUAUAGUGAUAGGUAUGAAUCUUAUUCUACAAGUAGGUACUCACGCAGAUUUGCCUCCAGUUCCACCAAAUUUCCCUACUUGUGGCGACCACACGCCGCAAAUUAAUCCAGAUCCAACUCAGAUAUGAAGACUUAAUAGUAACGAGUUAAGUUAAGUCUUUUGAAGUUAGGAAGUUGGUGCAAAUAAGAAUACUAUUUGAUUAAUAAUUGAUUUGUGUGCUAUGGGUUGUUGCCGCGUUCUUAUUUCCACCAACUAGUGUUAGAGUAAAAGUUACCAAAUUGUAUUAAUUUUGCGAAACGCGAGUUAGUCUUGCCAUUCAAUAAUAUCUGCAAAACUUUUGUAUAUCUUCUGGAUUAUUACCAUUAAUUAGUUAUCUAAUAUUUAUCUGUACUGUACCAAAUGGUCUUUACUGCCAUAUUAUUUAAUUUUAAGUGUCCUACCUCUUCUCUGCGUUCUAUUUCACUUUUAAGUUAAAUGAUUGGUGCUUUUCUUUUUGAGACCUUUUAGAAGUGAAAUUCUUUUAGCUCAAAUUACAUUGGAAUUCCCUCGGCCUAGAGUAGGUGAUUCAAAAUCUGCAGUCUAUUAACUUUGUAAAUUAUUUUGGUAUGAGUUUUCGAAGCUACGUACUUUGUUUUAGCUAAUUAAUUUAAGUUAACUGUAAAAAUGUAUAGAAAACUAAAUCAUUUUGAGAGUGACUAUGCCCACAGUAUUGAAUGUGUUACCAUUAAAAAAAAAUGACGAAACAUUGUUACUUGAAAAUUGUAACUAGUCUAUCACAUUCUUAAGUAACGCUGUUGAGUCGCUGUUGUUGUAAUUAUGUAGAUGGAAAGUAUAUAUAUUUAAGCGAAUAAAUACAAUACUAUUUAUGUAAAUAGACUAUUUGGGGUGUAGGUAUGAUUUUUUUGGAGGGAGCUUAUCCCAAAUCCUGUAAAUAAUGAGUUAUUUCGAAUAAAGCGCAGCUUUGGAUUCA